AUGAAGCAAAGCUCAUUGGUAUCUGACCUCGCUCUUUACGAUGUCAGAGGUGCUCCCGGUGUUGCCGCAAAAGCCCUCGAUGGCGCUGGAAUUGUUUUGAUCCCAGCUGGUGUACCAAGGAAACCAGGAAUGACCCAAGAUGACCUCUUCAACACCAACGCCUCGAUCGUUCGAGACCUUGCUACUGCAGCUCCCAAGGUUUGCCCAAAGGCACACAUGCUGAUUAUCGCUAAUCCCGUCAACUCCACCGUCCCAAUCGUUGGUCAAGUUUACAAGAAAGCUGGCGUCUUUGACCACAAACGCCUUUUCGGUUUCACUACCCUUGAUGUUGUCCGUGCUUCUGUGUUCCUAUCAUCUAUCGCUGGUUCAUCACCCGAGAAGACACGCGUGCAAGUGGUAGGUGGCCACUCUGGCGUGACCAUCUGUCCCCUCCUCUCCCAACUUUCCGAGGGCAAGGGUGUCACCGGCGAAGCCUACAAGCCUCUCGCCAAGCGAAUCCAAUUUGGUGGAGAUGAAGUUGUUCAAGCCAAGGAUGGAUCCGGUUCAGCAACCCUCUCGAUGGCCUAUGCUGCCGCUAUCUUUGCUGAGAGUUUACUCAAGGCUCUUGAUGGUGCCAAGGGUAUUGGUGUCGAAUACAUUGCGAGCAAUGUCGAAGUUGGUCCAGAUGGUGUGAAGAACAUCUUACCAAUGGGAGCAAUCAGUGCUGAUGCAGAAGUAUUGAUCAAGGCCUGUUUACCUGAGUUAAAGAAGAACAUUGAGAAAGGUGUUAGAUUCAUCAAAGGUUAA